AUGAUAUCGGAUGAACAGUUGAACACCUUGGCCAUCACAUUUGGUAUCGUCAUGAUGACUUUGAUUGUCAUUUACCAUGCCGUUGGUUCCACUAUGUCUCCCAAGAAUUGA